AUGGUAUUCUUCCACCUCACCCUCGUCCUCGUCGUCUCCCUCCUUUCUCUCCUGCAUGUGCCAGCCUAUGCCUUGCCAACCGUACCCAACUACGCCAUCCAUUCUGAUUCCACCUUUCCCUUCGGCGGCGAUAGCGCCGGCAAUCUCAACACGGAGCCCUCGGGCAAACGAUCGGCGCUCCAAGCACGUCAGGACCAGGACCCAAUCAUCCUCGUUGGGGAGGCUGUCUGUACCGCGUACGACGAGUGGGAUCGGUCGUCGGUGCCGGAGUAUGUGCUUGCGAUGUAUCGGCUUGGCCUUGAGACGAAAUGCACCUCCAGCAUCUCACAGCAGCGCUUACGCUCGCCCUCCUCACCCAAACCACGCCAGGCGCAGCAGCAAAAGCAAACUGGGACCUACAGCGCCGCGACCUAUCGUCAAUAUGCGCCUGUGACCAGCUCGCAUCCACCUACGCCACCCGCCUCAUCCUCCCGGGCUCCCAGAACUACCUACACUGCCCAAGCAGCAGACGCAUACUGGGAUGUGCGGGCCGUUGUUGAGGCGGCGAGAUUCGAGGGCGAUGAGAUUGCGGCGGGGAUGGUGGCGACGGUUGGUAUGAAUGUCAGUGCGGGCGUGGCGUCGGCGACGUUGAUGGGGGUGCAGGAGGGCGUGACUGGCGCUGGGGCGCCGUCGCGGCUUGCGAAUUUCACGUCGCUUUCGCAGGGUGGGAUUAAUACUGUUGGGACGAUGAGGGAGUGGGCGGAGGGUGCAAGAGCUGUAUGA